CAGUCCACCACACACCAUUUUCUUUUGGAGGAAAUGGAAGCAGGUCUAUAAUAGUUUGUGGGCUGCUGUGGCAUUUUAAUGCUACUUUAUAGUAAGGAUUACUCUCUAGAGAUUUCCUAUAGUAAGAAUGUGAAUAUAUAUUUUUUGCAAGAUUUAGGUCAUGUUUUGGGCCUGGAGCAAAUGCAUGCCCCCAAUCUCUCACUCAGGUGAGCUCAACCGAGACUCAACUAAAGUCACCUUCCUGUGUCAGGUAAUCCGCAAGGAACUAGGGAAGCUAUUUUAGUCUAAAAAUGGUAUUUCUUUGACACUGAUUUAUCUCCCAAACUCUGCUGAGCAAAUGUCACUGGCACAAAUGAAAUGCUUCAUGCCUUAUUAAUGCGAGAACUCCAAGCCAUCCUAGCCCUUGGAGUCUGUCCAUCCUGCAUCCACACUUGCUGUGUGAACUUUUCAUCUCGACGAAACAGAGCAGCAGACUAUCUGUCUUUAACUUUCCCUUUUCUAACAGUGACUCUGGUACACAGUGAUCACUUGUCGGACACCAGGACCUCGGAGACGAAAUUACUAGUCUAUUAAGUUACACGCUGUAGAGGCAGUCUAUUUUAAAGCGGUGAUUAAAUAGAGCUUGAGACAUGCUUUGACAGAAUUCCGAUCACUAGAGACUAGUUUUACAUCAUUUGCGUUUUUUUAUGUUCAAUAACAUAAUGUAGAUUCGUCUGUUGGCCAUGUCGGUAUAUAUAUUUAAUAACCAGCUGCUCUAACAUUUCCCAGUGGUUAUUUGGGGGAAAGCAUUUCUGUAAGCUCUCUAUUUGAGAUAACAAAAACUCUGAUGACUAUCCAUCUCUCAUGAUUCGGUGAGAACAGAUAUUACAGUUGUUUUGCGUUUUGUUUGUUUGGUUAUUUUUUAGGAAUGAAUCCAGUUUGAUGUAGUAAACAAUAACAGGGGUGGGAGUUAUAAUCUGUAUAUGGGACUAAACACCUGCUACUCUGUUUGGCACUGGAUCUGGUUUACGGAACACUUUUCUGGAAAUGGAACCUACAUUUGUUUUGGAGCCGAAUAACUUUUCUUUAAACGAUGAGCCACUGGAACAUCCGCUGUGCACAGAGUGGAGACGAGACCCAGAAGGAUCAGUAUUUCAUCUCGCUAAUAUGCUCCUGGUCCUGGGCUUUAUGGGCGGUAGUGGAUUUUAUGGCUUGAUCUACAUGUUUAGUUUUAUGUCGCUCGGAUUUUUGUGCUACUCCUUCUGGGCAUGGUCCAAUCCGUGCACCACGGACUCGUUUUCCUGGGCAUUUGUCCUAUUUGUCAUUUCUGUUGCUCAAGUCGUCCAUGUCGCCUACCGCCUGAGGAGUGUGACUUUUGAGAAGGACUUCCAGGAUCUUUACGGCUGCAUGUUCAAAAAGUUGGGAGUGUCUCUCAGUCACUUCGGCAAGAUCGUCUCGUGUUGCGAGCAGGAAAUCCUUACUAUCGAAAAAGAGCACUGCUUUGCAGUCGAGGGCAAAACUCCAAUCGAUAAACUGUCGGUUCUUCUCUCCGGGAGAAUCCGUGUUACAGUGAAUGGUGAAUUUCUACACUACAUCUACCCUUUCCAGUUCUUGGAUUCACCCGAGUGGGAUUCGCUCAGACCGUCGGAGGAGGGAGUUUUCCAGGUUACACUAAAAGCAGACGAUCACUGCACAUAUGUGGCUUGGAGACGCAAGAAGUUAUAUCUGCUCUUUGCCAAACACCGCUAUAUCGCCAAGAUCUUCGCGCUGGUGGUGCGCAAUGACAUCACCGACAAGCUGUACUCUCUGAACGACAGAGCGCUGGACGCACGCGGCUUCCGCUAUGAUCUGCGUUUACCAAGCUUCUGCCAUACGCCCCAGGCACAGCUAGAAAAACCACACAACAGUUAAAAACAACGCACCUGGAAUGUCCUCCCAGUUAUUUAGUAAAAAAAAAAGUCUUAAAGAAAUCACAAGGAGGUACAGGAGGGAGACACAUUUCCUAAAUAUGCCUUCUUACCCGUUGCACCUUUUUACAACAUAGUCCUCAUGCUCAAUGUCACAUCAUUUAUGACUCAAGAUGAAUUUUGAUGCAGUGGUGUUUGCAUAAUUUUAUUUUAAUUUUAUUUUAUUUUUGCAAAAUUAGACUAUGUGCGCUUGGUAACUCAAGGAAGGAUUUUUGAGGAGCUGGUUGAAUGUUCUCAUUUGAUAGUCUAAAAGACAUUCAUUUAAUGCUUUUGUAGAUCUGAAUUCCAGAAUAAAGCAAAGUUUGUAAUCACCUU